AUGUUUGCACCAGUCUAUUGCUUGCCUGCAUUUUGCUGGCAGGGCACCUGUGCUUCAGCCUACAACUACACUACUACAACCAAGUGCUUGAAAGAGCCUCAAGAAGCUUUAUAUGGAGGAGGGAUUAUAAUGAACCCAGAUUUUAACCACAACAUGGAAGGAUGGAAAGCAUUUGGACAAGGUAAUAUUGAAGAAAGAAUAUCAAAGGAUGGAAACAGGUUCCUUGUAGCACACAGUAGAAAAAAUGCAUCAGACAGUUUCUCUCAGAAGGUUCAAGUUGACCAAGGAAAAAUCUAUACUUUUUCAGCUUCUGUCCAAGUCAGUGAAGGAAGUGAGGUUGUAGCUGUUGUUUUUAAGUUCCCCACCGGCAAAAACAUACGUGGUGGCGAUAUGAUAGCUGAGCAUGGUUGCUGGAGUCUGCUAAAAGGUGGCAUAGUAGCAAAUUUCACAAGUUUGGUUGAGAUUCAUUUUGAGAGCAAAAAUACAUCAGUGGAAAUAUGGGUCGACAAUGUCUCAUUACAACCAUUCACCAAGGAGGAAUGGAAAUCCCACCAAGACAAAAGCAUUAUUGAGCAACGAAAGAGUAAGGUGAGGUUGCAGGUAACUCGGGCAAAUAAAGCUCCUCUUACUGGUGCUGAAGUGUUAAUCAAGCAGACCAGGUCGGACUUCCCAUUCGGAUGUGGCAUGAACCAUAACAUCCUCACAAGCACCGAGUACCAGAAUUGGUUUGCAUCAAGAUUCAGAUACACCACUUUCACCAAUGAGAUGAAGUGGUACAGCACUGAGAUUAAACAAGGCCAAGAAAACUAUACUAUUGCAGAUGGCAUGGUGAAAUUUGCCAAAGAGAAUGGCAUUUCUAUUAGAGGUCACAAUGUCUUCUGGGACAAUCCAAAAAUGCAGCCUCGCUGGGUUAACAGUACACUUUCCCCUGAGGAACUAGGAACAGCAUCAGCAAAGAGAAUCAAUUCAGUGGUUGCUAGAUACAAAGGACAACUAAUUGCUUGGGAUGUAAUGAAUGAGAAUCUUCACUUCAGAUUCUUUGAGGAUAAACUCGGCGAAAACGCUUCUGCAGCCUUCUACUACACAGCUCAGCAGCUUGAUCCUGGCACAAUGAUGUUCAUGAAUGAGUAUAAUACCAUGGAAUAUAGUAGCGACGAGGCAUCAAGUCCAGCCAACUACAAGAAGAAACUUGAAGAAAUCUUGUCAUAUCCCGGAAAUCCUAAUCUGACAGCAGGAAUAGGUUUGCAAGGUCACUUUGGUUCUGGUCAGCCAAAUCUUGCUUACAUGAGAUCUGUUUUAGACUUUUUAGGUGCAACUGGAUAUCCAAUAUGGCUUACAGAAGUGAGUGUGGGAAUAGGACCAAAUCAGGCCCAGUAUUUGGAAGAGGUACUAAGGGAGGCUUAUUCGCAUCCUGCGGUCCAAGGUAUCAUCAUGUUCGUAGGUCCAAUCACAGCUGGUUUUAAUGAAACCACUCUUGUAGAUAAGAAUUUCAACAACACUCCAUCAGGAGAUGUUGUGGACAAGCUGAUUGCGGAGUGGAAAACUGGGUCUCUGGAACUAGCAACUGAUGAUCAAGGAUAUAUAGAUGUUUCUUUGUUUCAUGGAGAUUAUGAGGUUACAGCUGAAGACAAUUUCGCCAGUUCCUCAGCUACUCUAAGCUUUAAGGUUACAAAAGAUGAACCACAGUCAAUUGUUCAAGUUCAGAUUGAUACUUGA